CGACUCUGUUCAUUAUUAUACUCUGGCUUGUAUCGUGUAGCUGGGUUAAGUAGAACACGGACAAAACUUAACAUAUUUUAAGAUAUUUCAGAACUUUUGGGUACACGAUCAGAGGUGAAAAUGGAUGAAGAUUGUUAUACGAUCAAUACAGCGUGUGUUGUUGCAGAUUAUAUGAAUUACAAGAUUCAUCAACAUGGAUUUACAUGGCAAACUUCGCCGACAAGAAACACUCACGAAAACAAAGUAACUAGCACAGUGCGGGCGCUAUGUCGAGAGUUUGAACAAAAGUAUGAAAAGCAUUUCGACGAAAUGUGUCGGACUUGUGCGUCUGUAGAAACGAAUUCUGACAGUUACAUGAACAUUUUAAGUGAACUAGUUGACGGCGAGCUUAAUUGGGGUCGUGUAAUAGCCAUAUUUGCAUUUGCCGGAGCGUUGGCAGUUUAUAGGCUAGAAAAGGGACACGAAAAGGAUGUCGAUAUGAUCCGAGAAUGGACGUGCUCCUUUAUGCAUAAACAUGUAGAUGAGUGGAUCGCGAAGGAAGGCGGAUGGAAGGAACUUGUCAAGUUCUACGAACGUCCGCAAGAGGAAAAGAAGAACGGAGGAUGGGGGUCGUUAAUCGUCGGGGCGCUAGGGGCCGUCUGUCUGGGGGCACUGAUCGUCAACAGGAGCUAAAAAGGAGUCAUGGGCUACCAGGUCCAAAUUUAGACACAACGCCUUUAACAAUUUGCAUUGGCCCAAAAUUGUGCUUAAUGGACGCAAAGGCCAAAGAUUGUGCUUAAUGGACGCAAAGGCCAAAGAUUGUGCUUCUCUACGCUCUCUUCGGAACAAUGGUUAGGCUUAGACUUUGACUUCGAAUGCUUUUAAACUAUGACCAUUAAGAGGUUUCUAAGCUGAAUAGAACUAGCAACGGCGUUCGCAUUCGGAUAGAUAUCUGGUUUGGGAAAGUGUGUGCGAAACACACACGGUCUGCCAGUAUCAAGUUUGGAGGGAUAAAGAUCUGCGCUCCGCUAACGAAUACAUUUUGUGUCGUCAUGAGACUCAGACGUGAUGUCGUCGUUAAAACCAAACAAUAGACGGAUAGCACCAAGGUAUUCACAAGAGGUUGCUGAAUAAUCAGAAUACGACAAUAACAAUAGAAAGAAAAAGACCAAAAACUAUGUUAAAAUGAAGAAAACUUGAAUAAAAUAAUAUACAAGACAAGGCUGUUAUUAAUAUAUGAAGAAUAGAAAGGAAAUUAGUAAGACUUGUAAGGCAGCUUAAAUCCGAUCGUGUGUAUUAUGAAAUAUGUAUCAUAUUUAUUUUAAUGAUUCUUUAUUUCUAAUUUUAAAUAAGAUUUUAAGUGCUGCAGUUAUUAAAGGCAAGUUAUUUUAUUUAUAAAACAACAUAACAAAAUUGGAAAUCCAAAAUGAAGUCAAUUUGCUUGAAGUGGUUCUAGUCACCAUACUUUCAUGCCAUCACUAUGUAAGUAUUGUAAUCAUAUGAAGUGCUUAUUGUACAAAGUUUCAUGAUUGUACCCACUUGUGUUUUAGAUGGCUUGUCUGAUAAAUCACUCAUGAGGUUAUAUUUUUCCAGUAAAAACCGCGCUGUUACAGAAUGAUUCAUUCCCUUCGCGGAUUUCCAUAGAAACAUAUGGCUCUUAAUCUUUGAACAUGUAGAUCCUGGUGCGUCGAAAUGUUAUCCAAGUCGAUCUACUUGUUUUGUUGGGGUUUUAGCUGUAAUUAUGGUAUUUUUCGGAAUAUAAUAACCAAUUUUAAUUGACGAAACAUGUUCAUUAAAGGGACUCGUUCACGUUUGUAGGGUCAGACAUCGAAAAUAAUAUGUCCAAAAAAAACAAUAACCAAAAGUUUUUUUUAUUGUGAAAAAACAUCAUCGAAAGUAAACAUUACUGCUCUAUUGAUAAUCAUGUAAUGGAAAAUGAUCUUUUUGCCGAAUUGCGUAGUAACGUUUUUAAAAAUUGAAUAAUUUUAGGUUUUAUUUCAAAUGAGUGCUGUAUAUGUAUAUAUCUGUCAGUUGCUGUUAAUAAAAGAAAGUAAAAUAUCUCAAUUACAACAAAUCUACAAACGCCGUUUCCAACAUAAAGUGUGUGAGUGAUUACCUAAUGAAACGAAAUUAAUUUAUUUUUAUUUACUUUCCCUUUUUAAAUUUUCCAAGAAAAUCUACGUCUUGCAAACGUACAUGUACACUUAACCAAUAUAUUUCGCCCACGUACAGAUAUUUAUAUUGCUUAAGUUUCUAUCAGACCUUUUGGCUGAGCUGUUAGAUAAUUCAACCACAACUAUGCGGUUAUCCCUGUCAAAACAGCGUAGGUGCAAAAGCAUGUAGCAGGGAAAUGAUUGCCAGGUUUAACCAAAUAUCGAUAUGAGUUUAUGCAUGCAACUUGUCAAUAAUUUUUUUGAUCAUUGAUAUCAAGUUCAUUUCAGAUAAAAUGGUGUUCAAUCUAAUUUACUGCGCAGUGGUUUGAAGAAAUUAAGCAUAAAUUUGUAUUCAUAAAUAACUCUGUUUUUUUACCGAAAUAUAAAACAGCUGUACUGAUUUUUUUAAUCUCUCUCAAGUUACAAAUAUGAAUUUGAAUCCGGGGGUUCUUUUGUGAUACACGAAACACGCAAAACGGCUGCAGCUAGUUCCCCUUUCCAUCAUUAGUGGCAGGAAGUUUGAUAUUUGAAACUGGCAAACAAUGUGAAUGAGUUGUUUAAACUGCAUGAAUCAUUCUUUAGUAUCUAGAAGGUUACAAUUCAAGUUUUCCUUACUUGGAGAGAAUGGUAUCAUUACUCAUGCAGUCUUUCUACUUAAUGUUAUGUUCGCUGUAUUUAUUUUUAAACUCUUAACAUGCACGAGCACCCAAUAGAGUAAAUACUAUGGUGAAACUGAAUUUCAUUGCAUGAAAGCUUAUGUAAUAAUAUGCAAUUUCUUUUCAUAAGUAACUAUAUACGAACUAAGUUUGAUAUAGGUAAAAAAGCUUACCUGAGUGAUUUUAUAUAUGUGUAUAUAACAUAAUUGCGACAUCAUUUGACAUUACUUUCUUUGUAAAUAGUCAUUCAAGUAUUUUAUUGUGUGAAUUGUUAAUGAUAUUUGUUAUAUUAAAAAUAAAAUGUGAAUAUUA